AUGUGCACUUGAAACGAGAGAGAUGUUAUCGACACUUGGAUGACCAUCUGUCUUUGUUUAGUCGGUCAGUAGCCUAACGUGACAUUCCUUCAUGUACCAUUUGCCUGGAGCGUGAGAUGGGCGGCUACACAAAAGACUCCACACCGCACUGGCACAGGCUCAGUUGAGGUUGAGACUGUAUCGGGUUCAUACACACCAAGUUUUAUUCCCAUUUUCUCAUUCACUCACAAUGUUUUCGGAAAUUUGUUGAGUCAAGUUUUACGGAUGUGAAACUAAAUUUCACCGCUAAAAUACUGUGAAUUACGAUGAUAAUUCUCCGGACACCAGUGGAAUUUAGAUCGAAAGGGCUCGAAAGGGAAUACCCAUGAGUAGUAACCUCAUUGCAAGGACGCCAUAUGUAGUCCUAGCCAAACCUAAAACAUCUCAUUCAUAUUUAUUACUCACCAGUAUCCUUUGUACAUUUCGAAUUUUUUAAUUCACCCGGUAAUGAGCACGAUUAUGUUUUCAUUGUCUGUGCAACACUGAGUUGACAAUAAGAAGAGUGGCCCCACCACAAACAUGGACUUUGUUAUUCUAUCGAUAAACGGUCGAGAUGUUUCCAAUUCUAGUCACGAAGAUGCUGUGCGCUAUUUUGAAACUGCCCAAGAGCCCAUAACAAUCCAGGUACUGCGAAAGCAGUCGGCGAGGAUAAUAUCGCAUGCCGAGACAACGGCAAGUAGACCAGAGUCAUCAGAGCAGAGAAAAUGGUCUUGUGUUGUAUCGACAGGGGUUCAAACGGAUCUGGGUGGACUGAUUAAUGAAGACUACGAGGAAAAUUACUACGUGUUCGAGGACGGCGAAGAGUACGACUUUGAGAACGAGGAGAACGACGGGGAUGACGUUGAAGAGGCUGAGGAAUUCGACGAGAUCUUCUCGAAUUCGGUUGACCCACAGCAGCUGCGGGACUACAAACUCCGUGAGGACGUCUACUUCGAGGAAGUGACACUGCGGAAAAGCGCGAGCACUGAGAAACUGGGGUUAACAGUCUGCUACAAUUACUCGUACGAUCGAGAUAAUUCUGAGGCUGCAGAGGUCUACAUCUCCGAAAUAGCGAAGGACAGUUUGGCAGCAAGAGACGGUAGACUCCGAGAGGGUGAUCAGAUCCUGCAGGUCAAUGGGAAGGACAUCGAGAGUAAAGAGCAGACGGAGAGAGUCUUCGCACAGACGAAGAAUACCGUUGUCAUCCUGGUGAGUCGAUGCCUCUACCAUCAGACAUCGUCUCCAUUGUUCUCUGACAACAUCCCAGCGUACCAGAACAGCAUGAUCGAGCUCCUUCUCCAACAGCAAAAGCGUCAGUACGAGUCUUCGGGAGCCGGGGAGAACGAGCAUAGCGAGGGGGCAUUCAGAUCGUCACCACCACCAGUGCCAUCCCACAGUCUCCCCAUCAACACCACCAACUUGAACAUGAACACGUCGUCAUCCACCUGCUCCUCCCAAAACUCCCACGGUUCGAGCAAGGACUGCAUCACAGAGAAGAAUUCGAAUUACGGGGAGAGCCUGAAGGAGUCGAUGAAGAAGAUUGAUGAGUUGAACAUCAGUGGGAAGCGUAGGAAGCCUCGAGAAGCUGGAAGUGACAGUGAGCACAUCUACGAGACCAUUCCGGAGAGCGACGCAGAGCCCAUUUACUCGUCUCCCUACGAGAGUAAAUUGAAUCUUCGAAGGAAUGAAGGGGGCCAUGACCACCGAAGUAAAUCCUCCAAGAGCAGCAGUUCAAUUGAGGAGAAGGACUCGUCGAGUGCCUACAAUACUGGAGAAUCUUGUCACAGCAAUCCUUUAGUUCUUGAGCUGCACAAGGAUCCCAGAGAGCUCAGGGGUAGCACUCUCGUCCUCUGUCCCUCGGACAAUACCUACACGAGUACUCUAGUUUCAACAGCAACAUGUCGAAGUAGACCCCCACCUUCCUGCGAUGUAGCUGAAAAUCAGGUGAUUCGGACGAUUCAGUCUUCCCUCUCUGCUCCACAGUUUAUAAACCAUCAAGUGACUCCUGAUAAGGAGGAGAAGAAAACAAACUCCUGUUAUUAUCACGGCACAAAUCGCCAUCAGUACCAGACUCCUUAUCAAUAUUACCAUCAGCCCCAUUACCAGCAGAAUGUCUCGAAUAAUCGAGCCUCUUGGGACAAUCGGGAUAAAGACUCUAGUGGAUCUGGCAUCAUGUACACUAAUGUUGAUAAUCUCGAGCAGACGAUGAUGCUGCAGCAGCAGAUAUUCACACAAGCACUUAAUAGGAAAAAUGUCAGCAAUAAAGAGACGAGAGUUAGAAACUCAAAGUCGAGGGGUAAAUUCAGGGCACCCAAUUUGACCCAGUAUCACUUCAUCGGUAGUCAACAGGUUCGUCAAGCAAAUACACUGAAUUUACCGGAGGACAAGUGCGAUCCCAGGAUGGAGUGGAAGGUGAAACGAAGACCCGAUGGAACGAGGUACAUUGUCAGGCGACCAGUGAGGAAUCGACUGCUGGGGAAUAGAACGCUGGAGAUAUCUGAGGAGAGAGCUGGACUUACGACUGAGGAUGACACUGUUUCCGAGAUAAAACUUGGAAGAUAUUGGACCAAAGAUGAACGAAAAAGACACUUAGAGCAGGCUCGUCUCCGCAAACAGCGUCAGGCAACAAUAAAACAGCAAAUGAAACAGCAACAGUCUUACGAAUUAACGAAUUGUGAUCACGUGGACGAAACUAAAGAGGUUCGAAAACCCACUCAAGACCCUGGACUGAUAAAUACUCAAAAAAUUGAUGAUCACUGUGGAGCCAAUGGAAAGCCAAUUGUAGGUCUUCUCUCAGUAACUACAGUCUAAUUGCCAAAACUAUUUUAAGCAUUUAUUAUCAAUGUUUUUUCAUUUUUAAUCCCGGUAUGUAUUCUAAUAUAUUGAUAACAAUGUACAUAAUAGUAGAAAAAAAAACACAUCAC